AUGUCUGGAUCCGCUUCUUCAUCGCCUUCGUAUUUGAGCGCGAUCGGGGACACGUUCGCGUUGCUGCUGAACACGCCUUUAGUGGACUCAAAGGCGGGAACAGGGUCCAAGGAGAGAAGGCUAGAGCCUGUGCAGUUGCAGGAGAUCACUAGAGGAGGAUCCUCGAGGAAGGCAAUGGGAGGCACGUCGCUGCCAGGCGUUCCGUCGCAUGGUCGAUCGUAA